AACGUAUUUUCUAAUUCUUAUCGAUCCAACACAAAAUAAGCACCAAAGUUACAUUUUGUAGUUCUAUUUUGUCAAAUUAAAUUUGUGGCCUACAGAUAUUCGGCAUAUGCAUUUUCGAAUCCACACUAACUGUGUAAAUGGUUUAGUCCUAGGUCUAGGAUGGCGGCUGCUGUGGGUGUAAACAAGCAGGGGACCGCAGCAACGAUGGAUGUCUGUGUUCGGCACGUCAGGGGGGCCACAAGCAGCACCGUGAAGGUGUUGGAGUGUGGGGUGUGUGAAGAUGUCUUCUCUCUCCAGGGGGACAAGGUCCCCCGGCUGCUGCUCUGUGGUCACACAGUCUGUCAUGACUGUCUGACCCGGCUGCCCCUGCAUGGUAGAGCCAUCCGCUGCCCCUUCGACAGACAGGUCACAGAGCUGGGGGACUCUGGUGUGUGGGGUCUGAAGAAGAACUUUGCCCUGCUGGAGCUUCUGGAGAGGCUGCAGAAUGGAGCGUCCAGCCAGUUGAGCAUGGCAGAGGAUGCCCUAACAGGCAUGGGAGAGUCAAUAAUCCGCUGUGACGAGGACGAGAGCCACACGGCGUCUAUGUACUGCACGGUGUGUGCCACCCACCUGUGUGCCGACUGCUCCCAGCUCACCCACUCCACCCGCACCCUGGCCAAGCACCGGCAGGUACCCCUGGCAGACAAGCCCCACGAGAAGACACUAUGCCCGCAGCACCAGGUCCACGCCAUCGAGUUCGUCUGUCAGGAGGAGCUCUGCCAGCCUGGGCCGCUCAUGUGCUGCGUGUGCAAAGAGUACGGCAAGCACCAGGGACACAAGCAUGCAGUUCUGGAGACAGAAGCCAAUCAGAUCCGUGCGUCUAUCCUGGACAUGGCCCACUGUAUCCGGACGUUCACAGAGGAGGUGUCGGAAUAUUCCAGGAAGCUGGUUGGGAUCGUACAGCAGAUUGAGGGAGGAGAACGGAUAGUGGAGGAUGGCAUCGGCAUGGCACACACCGAGCAUGUCCCAGGCACGGCAGAGAGCGCGCGGUCCUGCGUACGGGCCUACUUCGCCGACCUCCACGAGACGCUGUGCAGACAGGAGGAGAUGGCGCUCAGUGUAGUGGACGCACAUGUCAGGGAAAGGCUCAUUUGGCUCCGGCAACAGCAGGAAGACAUGACCAUCCUACUGUCCCAGGUCUCCACAGCCUGCCUGCACUGCGAGAAGACACUGCAGCAGGAUGACUGCAGAGUGGUCCUGGCCAAGCAGGAGAUCAACAGACUGUUGGAGACUCUGCAGAAACAGCAGCAGCAGUUCACUGAGCUGGCCGACCACAUCCAGCUUGACGCCGGUAUCCCCGUCACCUUCACCAAGACUACAUUGUUUUCUCUGUUCCAGGACAACCGGGUCCACAUCGGCCCUAAGAUGGAGAUCCGGGUGGUGACCCUGGGACUGGAUAGUGCAGGGAAAACCACCAUCCUCUUCAAGCUGAAACAGGACGAGUUUAUGCAGCCCAUCCCUACCAUAGGUUUUAAUGUGGAGACAGUGGAGUAUAAGAAUCUCAAGUUCACCAUCUGGGACGUUGGUGGGAAACAUAAGCUACGGCCUCUAUGGAAGCACUAUUACCUGAACACACAAGCGGUGGUGUUUGUGAUUGACAGCUGUCACAGGGAUAGGCUGAUGGAGGCCCACAGUGAACUGGCCAAACUUCUGACAGAGAAGGAGCUGAGAGAUGCCCUGCUGCUCAUCUUCGCCAACAAACAGGAUGUCCCUGGGGCUGUGUCGGUGGAGGAGAUGACGGAGCUGCUGAGUCUCCAUAAGCUGUGCUGUGGGAGGAGCUGGCACAUCCAGGGAUGUGACGCCCGCAGUGGCAUGGGGCUCCACGAGGGCCUGGACUGGCUGUCCCGACAGCUGGUGGCUGCAGGUGUACUGGACGUGGCCUAGACCUCCCCUUGCUGUAGGUGUACUGGACGUGGCCUAUACCUCCCCUUGCUGCAGGUGUACUGGACGUGGCCUAGACCUCCCCUGAUGACUGACUUCUGUUACCAAGUAAAACCCCUUACCAUAGAUCCCAGAACGAUCUUCUUAAACCAUCCACACCAUAAAGACAUGUCCACCAUAGACCUGCACCAGUCACAUCUACCUAAACCUUUUACCUGAUGAUUGGCUUAUGGUAGACCCAGUCCAACCCAUACCCUAAAGACCAGUCCUACCAAAGUCUCAUCCCAUACCUUUCAGUUCUACCCUACAUCCCAUACCUUUCACCCCAUACUAAGGCCCUAGCCCUACAUUUCACCCCAUACCAAGGCCCUAGCCCUAGAUUUCACCCCAUACCAAGGCCCUAGAUUUCACCCCAUACCAAGGCCCUAGUCUUUCACCCCAUACCAAGGCCCUAGCCCUACAUCCCAUACUAAGGCCCUAGCCCUACAUUUCACCCCAUACUAAGGCCCUAGCCCUACAUCCCAUACUAAGGCCCUAGCCCUACAUCCCAUACUAAGGCCCUAGCCCUACAUCCCAUACUAAGGCCCUAGCCCUACAUUUCACCCCAUACUAAGGCCCUAGCCCUACAUCCCAUACCUUUCACCCCAUACUAAGGCCCUAGCCCUACAUCCCAUACCUUUCACCCCAUACUAAGGCCCUAGCCCUACAUUUCACCCCAUACUAAGGCCCUAGUCUUUCACCCCAUACCAAGGCCUUAGCCCUACAUCCUAUAGCCGUUCUACCCUUCUCACCCUUAACCUGCAGAUAAGCUUCUUACCCACAACCAGUGAAUCCAUCAUUAGUCGUAAUGCUUUGUACUUUGCUCUAUCCUGGGUAUGCUAACAGGGCCAGGUUAUAGGGAUUCCCUCAAGCUUACUAAACUAACCUGCUUAUAAGACUACACAUUCCCAUAUUGCCUCAAUGCAGAUCAGAUGAGAUUCAGUUCAUGGCGAAACUCCAUGUUGUAGAUUUUCUUCAUUGGUACCAAUGCACUUGACUUGUGAUGAUUUCAUGUAAUGCAGCAUCAGGAUUUGAAAUGACACCGGUAGUGGGCUGAGUUCAGCUAUUAUUGACAUUGGUUAAAUAGUGCAGUUGAGUGAAAAAGCUAUUUAUGUUGGGUGGGUAGGGGAUAUUGUAGUAGCUGUGGUGGGAAAUAUCUAAAGUGUUAUAUGAAAUCUUUCUCCCACCUGUUUUGUGGAGUGUCUUGCAUGCACUUUUCUGCCGCUUCAGUACAUCUGGGUUGUGCUCAUGAGGGUGCAACGAUUGACUAGACAUGAUUCCUUCAUCUAAUUGACAGAGGAUGAUCUACACACUAUAUUUCUGAACCUUCCAGAAUGUUGUGCCCUACAGUGUGAUACUGGCUUCUUUUGAAACCAGGACUCCUGGUUUGAAUUUUUUCAUCACAACCUGUGAUGGUCUUCUGUUUUAGCCCAUCUGUCUGGAGUGCUGAUUGUUACAUUCUACAUUAACGUUACCCACAUGUAGAUGUGAAACUUAGUCGAAACAUUAACCAAACACCUUUCAACUCCUGUUAUUGUAUGGAGGAACCAUCCUUUGGUUUGAAUUCACUUUCCUCAUUGCUAUGUAAUGUUACACAUUCUAUGUAGAAAUAAAAUGCAUGUGUGAAGAGCCCUCUGUUAAAGCAUCUCAGAUUCUGAUAGGAGUUUUUGAAACAUUUGGAAGCACAUUGCACAUCCAUGUUACUCGUGGAUUUGAUCAUGGCUUUUGUAAAUCGCGAUUAAAUAAACUGUCUGGAUGUUG